AUGAACAACAACAACAAUUAUAACAAUAACAAUAACAAUAACAAUAUGAACAAUUUUAUCGGUGACGAAAAAUACAAGAGCUAUCUCAGUGCGAAUCAACCUCGAGUCUCCCAGCUCGUCAAAUUUUAUGAUUCCCUAAACAACAAAAUUCCUGGUGAUAAAUUAUUUUUAAGACAAUGUGCUACAGUUAAAUCAAAAGCUUCAGAUAAUUUAGAAUCAUUAAAAGCUGAUUAUCAUAAGUACGUUGGUCACCCAAUGCCAAACUUCAAACUUGAACGUUCUGAAAAACAUGAUGAAAAUAAUUUAUUCUCUUCAAAUUCCCUCCAUUUUAAAAUUAAACAAACAGCCUCAAGUGUUGAAAGUAAGAAAAAAUAUCCUCAUCCAAAAUACAAUAGCUAUUACUUUUGUGAAUUUUGUGAUUUGAAACAUCUUGAAAAAAAUCAUAAACAUACCACUGUGGAAAUGGUUCAACCAAAUGGUGGAACAUGUCAUAUUGAUACAAACAAAUUCCAAAAUUUUUAUGAUACAGGUAGUUCUCAGCUUUCUCAUCAUUUAGGUGUUUCUCAUGGUAUCUUAAAAGAAUCAAUAAUGCCUCAACCUUUUGUCGGUUUUUCCAGAAGCUUGAAAAAUUCUAAUGGUGAAUAUAAAUUAUCAAUGGUUUGUCCUCAUCAACAUUGGAGUAAUGGUAAAUUAGUUGGUUGUAAUGCAGUUUUCGAAAUUGAAAUGGAUAAAUUGUUUAAUGAUCAUGAACAUCCUUAUAAACCAUAUUUUAGACAUUUUUAUAAAUAUCAUAAAACCCAAAAAACUGCCGGUCAAGAUCAAACUAAUAAUGAUCAUAAACAUAUUCAUAGUAAAGAUAAUGUUUUCCUUCCAAUCUUUUGGUCAGCUUUCAAUGAUACAAUCAAUUAUCAAAGAAAGAACACCAAGAACGGUUAUUGGAAUCAUACACUUGAAACUGUUGGAAGAGAACAGAUUUUGCACCUUGAAAGUAACUUUGUUCAGCAUGGAUAUCAAUAUAGAGGAUUGAUGGAGUCAGAAGAACCAUCAAUAUCUCAUAAAGCUGUUUCAAGAUCAAAAUCAAAAACACCAUCACCAAAACCAAAGAAACAUGAAGUUUCAUCUAAAGUUGUUAAACCAAACACAAAGAAACAAAAAUUGAGUUCAAGUGCCUUGGGAAAUUUAAGAAGUGUUCAAAAUGGCUCUCAACAACAAGAAGUUGAGUCAGCUUCCCAAGAUGCUCUUGAUUUGAACAAUAUAGAAGACGAUAGCGUGUUUCUUCGAGAACUUGCUAAAAAGUUUUCUCAUGUUGAAACGAGUAUUGAUUUUGCAUUCUCAUCUCGACAAACACUUUAUCCUCGAGUAGUUGAACAGCCUCCUCACCAACAACAACCUAUUCAUAUCCCUCAAGCUGACAAAAUCCCUCCAGUUGUUGAUGAUUUGUUAGAGGUCCAACCAAUGAAUGACAUCAUCCAAUCAGAUAGAUGCAAUGAUGAAACAUGUCAAGAUCAUUAUGAAGAUUAUCAAGAUACCAAUAAUUGGUUUAUUGACGAAGAAGAUACACCUGAUUGGUUAUAUAAUAUGCUUGAUGAUGCUGAUAUUCCUUUAUAUAAACAAUUAUGA